UUACAGAAGGUGAAUCAAAUAUUAAUUCCUAGAUGUUAUUGCCCUGAUUUAUUUACUGAUGAAGCUGAAAUUGAAUUACAUACCUUUGGAGAUGAAUCUGAGAAUGCAUAUGGAAUCUGCAUCUACAUGAAAUGUCGAAACGGAGAACAAAUCUACAGUACCUUAAUAGCAUCCUAG